CAAAGUCGCGCGCCGCCAGAACAAAUCCAACAUCAUCGCCUGGCGCCCACCUUCAACGACUGCCCACCUCUAGGCCUCGCAACCACAUCACUGCGUCGACACUGGACCCCGAUCAUCGCCAACAUCACCAUUGCCUUUAUCCUUGCACUACCAUUGUCCGACAUACCCGCGCGAAACAACCAGGAGCGUUUCUUCAACUGCACCCGUCGCCACCGCGUAUCGAGUUCCUCAGUACUCACCUCACGAAACCCGCCCAGCUCAAUUUUUAGCCCUGUAGGCCCGGCGGCUCGAUACACCCGCCCAGAGCGAGUUGUCCUGUCCUGCCAGGCAUAGCUCUGCUAGUCGGCAACAUGGUGAUCUCCCGCAAACGGACCCGGCGAGAUGCCGAGCUAGAUGCAGAGCCGGCUACCAAAGCCCCAGCCGUCAAGGAGGAGCCAUCCAUGCUCCAAAAGAUUCGGAAUACCUGGCACUUUGCCAACCUGUACCAAUGGAUCUGCUUGUUUGGCAAGGUGGUCAAGAUUGAUGACAGCCUUGAUGUUGACGACCUGGAAGCUGAGCUGCUGAAACACCGCUCUGGGGUUCUCGUAGACAUUGGCGUCGCGUUGUUAAAAUGGGUCUCGUCCCACCGUGGCCUGGGACCCGAGCUCUUUGACGAGUAUACGCGGCGGCAAUAUGUAGCAAAAGCACCCGAGCUUAACCCCUUUGGUGUCGAGGAAGAGCCUGCGCACUUCCACGACUUCGAUGCGUUCACCAAGCUUCGAGUCCUCCAACAACUUACGAGAUGGGUCAUGCUGCAUCCAGAGCGCGUACGCGAGAAGAUGGACGAGCAACGUCCUAGUGACCAGACGGAAUGGCGAAUUGAGCCUACAGGCUGGGAUAGCGACGACCGCACGUAUUUUAUCCUCGACGAUAACAGACUUUACCGUAUGACCGAUGCACCGCCACCGUCUUCGGCAACGUGGAAGCCUAAGAAGAACACACAGAAGGCCAAGGCUGCGGCCAGAGCUGCGAAACGGCGUCGUACAUCAAGGUCAGCCGCUGCGCAAGACGAUGACGAUGUCGAUGAUGACGCGCCAAUGUCCGAUGCUCCCACGGACGCAGCUGUCGAGCCACAGGACGACGGUCUCGGUGGUGCCAAGUGGGAGUGUGUAGCCGCGAAUCUCGACGAGGUUCGGAGCUUUCUGGACAGCAUUCGCAAGAGCCGCGACGAGAAUGAAAAGGUCUUGAGAAAGUCUAUCGAAGAUCACCUUCUCCCUAUACUCGAGAAGCAAGAGGAGUCCCGAAAACGUAAGAUUCUCGCGAAAGAGAGAGAGCUUCUUGCCUUGGAGAAGAUGGCACACGCGAAGCGGUCGAGUCGGCUGGCUGGUAAGGUCGAGCAGCAACGCAUGGAGUCACAGCGCAAGGAGGAGGAAGAGAAGAGGAAAGUCGAGGAAGAGAAACAGCGCAAGGAGGAGCUGGCUCGCAUCAAGAUGGAGAAGGAACGCGACAACAGACUCAUGUCGCGAGAGCGACGUCUCCAGGAGCGCGAGGAGCGGCGACUGCAGCACGAGAAGGAGCUCGCUCAGCUUUCUGAAGACAGCAAGUCGCUCUCAGGCGACAAUGCACGCCUGUCGGAACGGCGUCUCAAGGCCGAGAUCGACAAGAACCGCAAAGCCCUACAGGAGCUCGAUGAGGAGGAGGAGGAUUGGAUCUUUGACUGCGCCUGUGGUGUCUAUGGUCAAAUCGAUGACGGCACGCAUAGUGUUGCUUGCGAGCGAUGCAAUGUCUGGCAGCACAGCAGCUGUCUUGGCAUCAAGGAAGAGGAUGCCGAGCGGGACGACUUCCACUUCAUCUGCAGCACAUGUCAACGUGUCUCGAAGUCGCCGGCCAAGGACGUGAAGCCAACAACUAUCAAGCUCAAAGUCAAAGGCCCAGAAACUGCGGCCAACCAAGAGUUGGCACCAGAGCCCCAAAGGAGCAAGCUCCAGGUCGAGAUCUCGUCAAAGUUACACAGCAAGCCCGAUCUCGCGCCGUCCUCCCAGGCAGCCACAGCCACCACCAAUCCCCAAAUCGCAGCUUCAAACCAGCCAGCAAGCCAGACGACUAUCCCCGUCAAAGCUGCAGCCCCUCCCAGCCUCCCGCCACCACCUUCGCCUCAUAUCAAUGGCGAUGGUCAUCACGCAUUCUCAUCCCCUCACCCGGCGCUGUCUCCCCCAGAUCAGUCACCAAAUAAGGCACGGGUUUACUCUCGUGUCUAUAACAACUCGUCAUCCCCUGGACCAGCUGAUCAGAAGCCCAAGGAGGUCAAGGCACCUGUCAAGGGUAUCUUCCACCUAUCCCCCAAGCCCAACGGCAUCAGCGUACCUUUUCUCGGAAGCAGUCCUAAGCUGCCCAAAGAAAGUUUGACCAGCGGUAAAGAGUCACCGGUCAAGAAGUCAACCGAGAGCUUCUCGAGUGUAGCACCAGUCUUGACUCCCCAAGCUGCGUCAUUCUCGUCCGCCACAACCACAGUCGUGUCGCCGUCGGCGAGCUUUUCCACACCACAGCUCAAGACCAGCCAGGGAAGUGUGCCAAGCCCAGUGUUGACUCCAAAGAUGUCACAUGCUCAGAAUGGCAUAUCACCAUUAAAGCGAUCGCCGCCGCCACCGGCGCCUAUCUCGGCUCAGAAGACAUCUGCUGGCAGCUUCCACUCUACACCAGCUACGUCUAUUCUGCCGCCGAGCACAGCUCUCUCUCCGUCGCCAGCUCAGACAAUCCUGACACCACCAGUCAAGCCAGCGGAUCCGGUGCGACCCGCUUCGCAGCAGUCUAUCGGAUCCUCGUUUGACAAACUGUGAACAGUGACGCAGGUCUGGGGGGUCUCUGCUUCGAAGAGUCCCCAUUUGCCACUUCUUCAUUUCGUUUACCCCCCACUACGCAGCAUAAAGACUGUUAAUGUUUUUCUUGUCCGGUUCGAAUAUGUGUUAUCCUGGCAUCAGUGUAGGCGUUACAGCAGGGCAUUAGGUAUACGCAUGGUUUGGGGUUUAUAGGGAUUUUGCGCACAACAUACAAAAUCGAGUCUUGUUGGUGGUACCGUGGAGACAUAGAUAUUUCUUAAUGUGCUCUGGAUAGGCAUAGAAGGGCGGAUCACGGCGCCAGAGAAUGCAUUUUUCAAGGUCAUAUUGCGGCAGAUGAAAUCUUUUUGCCUGAGUAAAUGCCUUCAUGAU